ACAAACGAAAGGACAGUGUUGCUUUUUUAUUUACUACCUGCUACAAUUUUCACGGCAGAGUAUUAUGCGAAAUUAACCACAAUGGUGCUGAGAUAUUUGCAAAACUCAAGACCACGGGUGUCUACCUACAGUGGGGAUCGAACGUGCUACUGUCUUUUCCGAGGAUACGAUUUGUCUCGUGAUAAAGUAUUAGAUGUGUCCGAGUUUGUACCGCUUGCCUACGAAAUCAGCAGAAAGCCUGUGGAUGCGACCGAACAGAUCUUUAGGCGUAUGGAUCUAAACAACGACCGCACCGUUGAUGCUUCGGAAAUUGCGGUUGCUAGGAAAGCAUACGAUUCAGGGUUGGUUCCGAUUUUUGGUCUUGUUAGCAUUAUUUUUUUACACUAUUAA